GUUUGAAUUUUUCCCAAAUACAACAGCAACAAUGGGGCAUUGUACACCAUAUCUCGGGAUUAGAUCUCCCAUUGUGGACAGUUCUUUUCACCGGAUUCGCGAUUUGGUUUUACAAAUUUUUGUAUUCCGGGUACGAAGUUUUUGCGAAGCGAAGCAUACCAACUGUUCGACCCAUUUACCCGAUUUUCGGGAACCUUUGGGGAGUUUGGAACAAGGACAUAAGAAAGCGGCAACAAGAAAAUGUGCGUCGAUACGGAAAAUACUUCGGGUUUGCACCCGAGAACAAGUCAAAACUGGUCCCGUAUACGUACUUUCCGUUCGGACAAGGGCCUCGAAUUUGCAUCGGAAUCCGGUUCGCCAUUGAAGAAACAAAACUCGCCUUAGGCCUCUUGAUCCAAUCUUUCAAACUGUCGAAAUGUUCAAAAACGA